ACGCAAGUAAAGUUAAAUAAAAGUUUGAUAAAAAUAUUACAAAUUUUUGUUAUUCAUGUAAUUUUAAAUAAAUUUCCUUUUUCUUUUUUUAAAAAAAUUAUUUUUCACAAUUAAAAAAAAAAAAAUAGGGUCGAACAGAGAGCACUUCGCUAUACAAAUUCGAAAGAAACGGAAAGACGGAAAGAGGGUAGGGCAAAAUGUUCGGAGCUCAACCAUCGCCGUCUGCCUUUGGCACUCCGUCAUCGACGCCGGCGUUCGGCACUCCGUCGUCGACUCCGGCAUUUGGCACUCCGUCAUCGACCCCAGCCUUCGGCACUCCAUCAUCAACCCCAGCGUUCGGAACUCCAUCUUCAACUCCAGCAUUCGGAGCGCCAUCUUCGACUCCGGCUUUCGGGACUCCAUCAACGCCUUCAUUCGCCACUGGCGGAUUUGGUUCCUCCUUAUUCUCGAGUCCGUUCACUUCCCAAACUCAACAACAGCAGAUGCCGCAGUUGUUUCAGCAGCCGGCGGGAACUGGCGGUGGUUUAGGUUUUCAGACUCCAUUUGCUACUCCUACUCCUACUCCUCCUCCUCAGUCCAUUCCAUUUCCUGGUUCACAACUGACCACUCAGAUGGCUCCGGUGGCUCCAAUCCCUUUCUCUCUCGCGGAUCGUGAUAUUCAAGCAAUUGUUGAUGCUUACAAGGAAGAUCCUGGAAACCCUAAAUAUGCUUUUAAGCAUUUACUAUUCAGUGUUACUGAUCCUCAAUAUAGGGUGAAACCUGCUGGUGUAUCGGAUAUAAUGUGGGCAGAGGCUAUGGGGAAGCUUGAAGGCAUGGAAAGUACUGACCGGGAACGACUAUGGCCUCAGCUUGUUCGUGGUUUCAAAGAUCUUUCUCAACGGCUGAAGCUCCAAGAUGAAGUCAUUCUAUCAGAUGCAGAGAGGUUGAGAAUUACUCAAAGCAAUGUGAAAAUGCUUCAAAGGCAUUUUCAAGCUGACACUCUUCCUCGGAUUGAAAGAAUGAGACAGAAAGAGCAAGGUCUUCAGAGGCGUCUUUUACGGAUGAUGAGAAUAGUGGAGGCACUGGAAGGUAAGGGUUACAGAUUACCCUUAAUGAAAGGGGAAGCUGAGUUAGCUGAAAAGUUAGCUGCAAUCACUAGACAGUUAAAAGGAUCUGGAGCAGAGCUUUCAAGGAGGGUACAAAGCCUGCUCACUAUUUCUCGUGUUCAAGCAAAUUCAUUAGGUGGCGAUGGCUCUGUAUAUCUUCCUGGAUCAACAAAAAUAGAUGAACAAAGUCUUGCUGAUAUGCAAGAGGUCUUACAACAGCAGACAGGGGCCAUUGCAAGACUUGGCAAUGUUUUGAAGCGAGAUAGCAGGGACAUGGAGAUUAUAAUGGCUGAGGACACAGAAAUGAAUGGAGAUAGUUUCUAGGUGAAUUUGCGGAAAUGAGUCCAACUAUGCAUAUAAUAGACUAGAGAUUAGAAAUGUGAGCGCUGGGAUAAUGUGGUUUACAAGUUGUGAAGGUGGAAGAGAAGAAACGAGAAUAGGGUUAUGUUAGUCGUUUAGAGAAUCAAAUGCAAGGAAGAAAGAGUUGGAUGGGUUGGUAGGGAUAAAGGCAAGCGAAGGUAGAGGGGAAUUUGGUGGGAAAGAUAUUGGGUGGGGAAAAUUAGGUUGUUUUGUGUUGGUGGAAAGUUUUGUGAUGAAGAGAAUGGACAGAGAAGCAUUGUACUGACCUACGAUUUCAAGAAUAACUCACAAAUUCAGGCGCAAAUGGUCUUGAAAAUUUGGAAUUCUAUAUGAGAUAUUUCAAAUUUUAAUUUAAUUUAUUUCCUAUUUCGAUUCUUAAUUCA